AGCAACCAAGCUGUAGAGCCACUGCUGCCAUUCUCCAGCCUUUGAGGCCUUAGUUUGCAGAGACUCUUGAGGAAAUGGCAUCAUCGGCAUUGGCCUCGGCGGCGGCGGCGGCGCAGCAGAAGCUGCAAAUGAUUAAGGGAGAGCGCCACCUCUUCUCAUCGUCUGACGAUAAUAUUGUGAUGAAGCAAACACUCGAAACGCAUUCCCCUGACGGCCGUGAAGUGGAUGUGAGGUCAUUGUUGCGCCUCAUCGAGGACAUUAUGCAACGGGCUAAUCCUACUGUUUUAGUGACGCCCCAGACUCACAUGGAGGUUUUGGAAGACAGAGCCCAUCAUGCUGCAGUUAUUGGAAUGCUCGAAGCCCUCGCAUACCCCAUUCACAGGAUUGCUGCUGAGAUUACGUACAAGUGCACCAGCGGUGGUGAUGCCCAUGCGACGACGAUCGCCUUGUUGCACUCGUUGUCGAGCUAUGCAUGGGAUGCAAAGGUUACCCUCGCUUUAGCAGCCUUUGCAGUGCUCUAUGGGGAGUUCUGGCUGACAGCCCAACUUCAUACCGUCAAUCCCCUGGCGAAAUCUGUGUCACUACUUAAGCAGCUCCCUGACAUUAUUGAGCACAGCCAUCUCCUUAAGCCCAGAUUUGACGCCAUCAACAACCUUAUCAAGGCCAUGCUGGAUGUUACAAAGUGCAUUGUUGAGUUGAAGGAGCUCCCCUCAGAGUAUAUCUCCCUUGAAUCCCCUGACAUGUCGAUGGCCAUAGCCCAUAUCCCUACUGCUGUCUACUGGACCAUUAGAAGUGUUGUAGCUUGUUCCUCUCAGAUCAUCAUGCUCAUAGGCCUUGGCCAUGAGUACAUCAGCGCCACCACUGAGGCAUGGGAAUUGUCGAGUUUAACUCACAAAGUUAACAACAUUCAUGGGCACCUUACUAAGCAACUUGACCGGUGCCAUCAACAUAUUGAUGAGAGGAGGCAUGUCGAGGCUUACCAAACACUUGUACGCCUCUUCGAAGUCAUCCACAUUGAUAACUCGAAGAUCCUCAGGGCAUUAAUGUCCUCAAAGGAUGAGCAUCCCCUCUUUGAUGGCACUAGCAAGAAAAGAUUUGGUGUUGAUAUCCUGAGACGAAGGAUUGUUAUGUUGUUCAUAUCGGACCUCGAUAUUCCCCAAGAAGAACUCCUAAUUCUUGUUCAGUUAUACCAUGACUCACAUCAAGGGAAGCUCGAGAGGCCCUAUGAGAUUGUCUGGUUACCAGUCACUGAGAGGCACGGCCCAUGGAACAGGGACCACGAGGAGAAUUUCAAUCGCUUGGCAUCCAUGAUGCCAUGGUACUUACUGCACCACCCUUCGCUGCUCGAUCGAGCCGUGAUCCAAUACAUCAGGGAAGUGUGGCACUUCGAAAAGAAGCCUCUGCUAGCGGUGUUGGAUCCUCAGGGUAAGGUCACCAAUCGUAAUGCCCUCCACAUGAUGUGGAUAUGGGGCACUCUAGCCUUCCCUUUUACCACCAAUAGGGAGGCAGCUCUUUGGAAUGAGGAGACUUGGCGACUUGAAUUCCUUGUCGACGAAAUCGAUCCUAUGAUACUAACAUGGGUGAGAGAAGGCCGGUAUGUUUGCCUGUAUGGCGGCGAGGACAUCGACUGGAUUCGAAGGUUUACUACAGUCUUGAGGCGAGUGGCGCAUGAGGCAAAGAUCCCCUUAGACAUGGUGUAUGUGGGGAAGAGCAGUUCAAAGGAGCGAGUGAAGAAAGCCGUGGCGGCGAUCGCGGCGGAGAAGCUCAGCAGCUCCUGGCAAGACCCAGUGAUGGUGUGGUUCUUCUGGGUGAGGCUGGAGAGCAUGUGGCAUUCCAAGAUGCAGCAUGGCAAAAGCAUCGAUAAUGACUCCAUCAUGCAAGAGGUGAUGACACUGCUCAGCUUCGACGGAAGCGACGAGGGCUGGGCCAUCAUCAGCCGGGGCUCGCUGGAGAUGGUGAAGUCCCAAGGGAAGAAGCUUGUGGAAUGCCUGAACCAGUUCGAGCAAUGGAAGGCAACUGUAGAGACUGAAGGAUUCAUUCCAGCUCUGACGAAUGCAUUGUUACCGUACCACACUCAUGAGCACUGCACUCGUCUCAUCCUCCCCGGUGAAAAUGGCAGGAUCCAAGAGCAUGUGAUUUGUGCCGAAUGCAGGCGUCCCAUGGAGAAGUUCAUCCUGUACCGCUGCUGCAAUGACUGAGAUUAUUAUUAGGGUGGUCUACAUUUUCUACCCUUGGUAGUUUGGUUGUGUGUGGUUCAAAGGCAAGCUUUUCUAGUAGGCCUAAAUAAAUAAACAGUGUAUCAGUUAUUGUUUGAAGUGUCUUGUGGUCUCCACUCUACAUAUGUGAGAUCACCGUCCUUGUGAGUUAUUUUCAGUAUUUGUAAUGUGUCUUCGUCGUGAACCUAUGGUUCAAGUAAUAAAAUCUUCUACUUUUAAGUGGUAAA